CCUACCAAUCAACAGUCGCGGCUCAGAAUUCGAACGUCAACUCGCGGAGAGGGUCGGAUACUGUGAUAAAAUGGAUUGUUUGGUUGCCUAACUUUACUCAAUAACGCAUUUUGUUGAAGCGAUAAUUUACAUACCAAAAGCUUGGCGAUAUACACAUGCUGAUCCUGAGCCAUGGUGAGAGAACGAGCCCAGAAGAAGUCCUUCCAGCAGAGUCUGGAGGACAUCAAGGAGAGGAUGAAGGAGAAGAGGAACAAACGGCUGGCCAGUGCCUCAGCUCCCAGCAGAGGACGGUCCAGAAUGAUAAACAAAAGCAGUGUGGUUAACUCCACCCACACCAUCCUGAAGGGUGUCCAGGUGAACAACAAGGCGCUGGCUGUAGGUCUGCAAGCUGAAAAAGAAAAAGUGCGGCAGGCCAAUGCAGUGAUCCUGCAGCUUAAAAGGGAGCAACAGGCCCUGUUCCUUCACCUGCUUCUGCUCAAGAGGAAGCUCAAAGAGCAGGAAGCUCUGGCAGUGAGUGCUUCACAGACUAAACCUCCAAACAUCCUUGUUGAACCCCAACACCAUGUGGAUUCUACAAGGAGACAGCGGACCAGCCAGCACCUUGAUGAGCCCAUUGUGUGCAAAGCCUCCCCAAUUUGUGCAGACCCUCAGCCCACUGAAAAGAAUGCACAAUCUGAAAGUGACAAGCAGGUUACCUUGCCGUCUACAGUGGGUGUGAGGCGUCGCUAUGCAGACAGAAGAAGCAGGAGGAGGUCUGAGCGUGUGCAAGAAAAGAGGUCGUUGAUCGCAGGCUCGAGUGCUUUAAUAGCAAGUCCUAUUCACAGUGACGAUAGAAAUCCAAAUCGGCCACAGCAAGCAGCAGAACCAGAUUUAGCAGACCCUGUUGACACUGAGGAGUUUCAACAUUCUACUCCUGAACCUGUCCCACCCAAAAAAAACAACCAGCAGCGGCCCAGCAGGAAACAAGCCCAGCAGCAGCCCCGCACCAAACCCGAACCGACUGCACGGAAACCAGAGAGAGGUCGAAAACCAGAGCGUGCCCCAUUAAAGAAACCUUGGGAGAAUCCCAAACCCAGAGCCCGCUCCAAGAGUCGGGACCGGUCAGCCACACGGGCCAAAACGGCACCUCCAUCACAGGGGAACAAACUCAACACCUCACUGGGAUUUAAUGACACGUUUGACUUUGACUGUGAAGAGACGGUUCACGUCACACCGUUCAGGGCCAAGACAGAGGACAAUCAGUCGACCACGCCCAUCAGCGAAGAGACUCAACCAAGAGGACAAGCCCAAACUGAAGCUUCACCUGAGGUUUCCAAACUGAAUGAGUCCAGCUCAUCAUCACCAUCUUCAGAAUCAGAGGACAGCCUUUAUGUCCCACAGAAGACCAGACAGAGACAGACUUCCCCUGACAAGACCAAAGUGAUCACCACUCGUAGAGGCCGGCCCUUUAAAGUCGUCAGACAGAAAGAAAACAUCCCUCCAAAACAAGAGAUCUCUGUCUUUAGAGAUGAGGAGUCAAGUCCUAAGGCUGGAGAGCCUGAAAAGGAAGAAGCUCAUCUCCAUCACUCCCCUGACUCUAGCUUCUCUAACAGCCUUGACCCAGCGAGGUCGGGACAGGAAAAUCACCAAGAAUCUCGCAGAGGGGUUAUUGAGAAGGACUGCUUGCUCCCCGUCAGCCCUCUGGUUGAAGCUGAGAUGAUGAGAAUAGACAACGUCCUGUCCAAUUUUGGAGAUUCCUCCUGUGACGCACCCCCACUUUUACCACACCACACGCCCCAGAUGGUCCGGACGAGCAAGAAACGUGGGCUUGGUGUAAGGACAGCGGGGCGGGGCUUGAGUCUGUGUGAUGUGACCAAUCUGUCCCCUGCAGCUCAUCACAAGUUCUCCUGUGGUGGCUCACGUCCCUCUGAUGCCCGAUGCUCCACCCCUGUUCCUGCUCGCAAGCGCCGCUGCACCAUGGUGGUGGACUACAAGGAACCCACGCUAAAUGCGAAACUUCGGCGUGGAGACAAGUUCACAGACUUGCAGUUCCUCCGCUCACCUAUUUUCAAGCAGAAGUCUGGCAGGAAGUCUGUGCAGAAAUCAAGAAAUUCCAUGAGCAGCCAGCAGCCAUUUGAGAAGUACAAUGAGUCAUUUGUUGGAUGUCGCUGAAAGCAGCUACCUUGUUUGUCCUCUCUGAACUCUGAGUGUUGGCUGGCAUUGUCAGUGAUCAUUUUGUCUUUGACUCAAGGUUUUAUUUCUCUAUGUGAUGAAGAACUACUGUGAUCAGUUUUAGGUGUUAUUUUUUGUGACUUUGUUCACUGCUUAUUUUGCAAAGCUUUAGUCUUUCUUCUCUCCUCCAUUUCUCCUCGUUAUCUCUAGGUAAAUGUAGAAAUUUUCUGAAGAUGGCCAGAUUUUCCAAUUUUAUGUCAUCAUCUUACUUAAAUUCUGUGUUUUUAUAAUAAGAUCCUGAAUGUGUAUAUUAUUGUCAUCUAAUAAAUUGUAUCUCCUACUGUGUGAUAUUUACUGUGACAGUAAAUCAGUUCUUAAUUUGCUCUAUUGCGUCAUACAUUUAGUUUAUAUUAAUGGCUGUGGCAGAAUGGCAAUGAAAUACAAUUAAUGAAUAUGAUGAGCUUUAUUGGAGGGGAGUUUGUUUAUCCUGACAGGCUAACACAUCAAAGUUGGAACUCAGGUUGUGUCAGGGUGUUCAUGUCUGUCUUGAAUAGUUAAUAAUAAAAAUCAUUUGAAAAUGAAGCUUGGCUGAUGCAAAUAAAAAGAACUUACAACAAUG